UAUCAGCUAUGGUUUCAACAUCCUACUUAAAAAUAAUAUCACUGGUUUUAUCACACAAAAUAUUUUUAUCAACCGGCUAUCAAUAAUUGCCAAUGUUCACAAUGUUGACUGGUGUCUACACGCUAAUGCCUAUAGUACCGCAGAACGAAUUAAAUUAUUUAAUUAGUUAGCAACUAGUAAUACUACUUAAAACAUUAAAAUAGUUUGCCAAAUUUACAAUGAAACAAUUGACAGAUGACCGAAUGAAAGUAUUUUUUGAAAAAUUGUCCAAAUACAUUGGCUCAAAUAUAAAAUUAUUAAUUGAUCGUUCAGAUGGAAAAUAUUGUUUUCGCGAGAAGAAAGAUCGAGUUUAUUAUGUGUCCGAAAAAGUAUUAAAUAUGGGAUCCAUGAUGAAUCCUGAUAACAUAAUUAGUAUAGGCACAUGUUUUGGAAAAUUUACAAAGUCUGGAAAAUUUAGAAUACAUAUAACGUCUUUAGAUUAUCUAGCUCCAUAUGCUCAGCAUAAAAUGUGGAUUAAACCUGCUGCUGAACAGCAAUUUCUGUAUGGUCAUAAUGUUUUAAAGUCUGGUCUUGGGCGAAUUACAGAAAGUACUACUCAAUACCAAGGAGUUAUAGUAUUUUCAAUGAGUGAUGUUCCUUUGGGUUUUGGUGUUGCGGCAAAAAAUACUACUGAAUGUAAGCACACGGAUCCAUUAUCUGUAGUUUGUUUUAAUCAAGCCGAUAUCGGUGAAUUUAUUAGAUGUGAAGAUGAUUUAAUAUAAUACAUUUGCUUGUAUUAUAAUUAUUUAAAAUAUUUUUAAUAAAACUCUUUGAUAUUCUAAAUUUA